AUGAAUAAAUAUGAAUCAAUAAAAAAUCAUAUAAUACAUAAUAUACAUAAGAAAGUUACAAAAGGAAAGAAACAUGAAAAUACUUUCACCCAUAAAUCUAGUAAUAAUACAUGUAACAUAAAUGAUGGGGCAUUUGUAGAUCUUCGAGAAAAUCAUAGCAGUAGUGAAGGUAAAAAAAGUGAAAAUGAAAAAGACAAUGAUGAUAUAGAGAUAAAAACUUGUAAUAUAGAAAAUGAAGAGAGUAACAUGGAUAAUCAAUAUUUAACUCAUUAUAAUGAUGGAUAUUUAAGAAGUUUUCUUAAAAGUGCAGUUGUUAGCCCAUGCUUAAAUAUUCUUUUGGGGACUAAAGUAAUUUCGUUUUUAAACGAAAAAGAAAGAAACAGAGUUUCAAUGGCAUGUAAACUUUUAUUUUUUGAAGUUCAUUCAAUAAACAAUCUAAAACAAUUAUAUAAAAAUAAAUUCAUAAAAAAUAUACAAAGAAAAUUUAUUUGGAAAGCUAUAUUGUUAGCCGAAAAUAUAUAUAUGAAUGAAAAUCAAUAUAAUGAAUAUCAAAAAAAAAAAAGUUGUUAUGAUAAUAUAAUUGAAAAAGAUAUUAAUAGAACGUUUCCAAAUAAUCCAUAUUUUAUAAAUAGAAAAGAAGAUAUGCAAAAUAAAUUAUCAAAUAUAUUAAAAAUAUGCUCAUUAUAUUUUAAAGAUAUAGGUUAUUGUCAAGGUAUGAAUUAUGUUGCUGCAACAUUGUUAUUAGUUUUUCAAAAUAAUUUAGACGCAAUACGUUGUUUUAUUGCAUUGUUAAAAGGGUUUAAUUUAAAAGGCAUGUUUAUAUAUAAAUUUCCACAAUUAAAAAAAAUUAUAUAUCAAUUAAAUAUAUUAAUAAAAGCUUAUAUGCCUAAAUUGUUUUAUUAUUUUAAAAGAAAAAAAAUAAAAAUUGAUUUCUUUUGUAUAAAUUGGUUUAUGACAUUAUUUUCUCAAGACUUAAGUUUUGAAAAUACAUUAAAAUUAUGGGAUAUGUUUUUUUUAUUUGGCAUUAAAAUUUUAAUUAAAUUUAGUCUAUCUAUUUUAUAUCAUCAUCACCAAAAAAUUAUGACCAUGUCAUAUGAUCAAGCUUUAAUUUUUCUUAAAUCCAUUACUAAAUUAUCCUUUACUAAUUAUCUUUUUGAAGAACAAAACUUUUUUAAAUAUAUAAAUAAAUUUAAAGUAACUAAUCGGAUGUUAAGACAUAUUAUAUUAUUCAAAAAAAAUAAUGAAAAGGUGGAAAUACAUGUUGACAAAAAAAAUAUUGGCAAAGUCAAGUGGUCUUUUUUGAUAAAACGAAAUUCAAAAGAACUUAAAAAUAAAAAUUUUAAUAAUAACACACACAUAAAAAAAAUAUCAAUUUUUGAUAAGUUGAUCGAUAAUAUAGUAUAUAAAGCUUCCUCUAUAAUGAUACCAAGAAAUCCUUCUAACCUAAUUUAUAACGAUCAACAAAAUAGACAAUAUAAACAUACCAGCCUAGGCGCAAACUUGUAUACUGAUAACUUUAAAAUACCCAACCUAAAUUAUGAAAAUAAAUUUCCUGAACAUACAUAUUCAAAUGAAAUUUUAGCUAAUAAUAAUUGCCUUGGAAUUAAUUUUAAUACUAAUUUAUUUUUCGGUACUACUCAAAAACCUAAAACCGAGCAAGUUGAUCACGACGAUAAGAGAGAAUAUAUUGUGUCUGACCAACACUCUUUAAUGGAAUCAAAUAUGUAUUUUGACUUUAAUUUGACAAAAUAA